CCUGCUGGUCCCCAUCUCCAGUUUUUUAAACAAUGGAAGACGCUCUCAUCCCUCCAGCUACCCUGGUCAGAGAUCUCUUCUCAGCCCACAUCUUCCAAAGAGACCUUACAUCCAUUGCCUUCCAGCCAUCCCACAACAGGUCCUGGCAUAUGGGAGGAACUCAAUGACUCUUGACUAAAUGAAUGGUCAAACAUAGUGUGGUGAAAGGACAGAGGACAGACCACAUGAGCUGGAUGUUAGAAGGAAGUGCUCAGAAAGCAGAGUCACCUGCACUGCAAGGACAAGAAGGCAUCCUCGAGGACACAGGCGGGGAUGGGAUCUCUGAAAGCUUCCAGCUUCUGCAGAUUGAUCUGGAAGGCGAGUGCCAUGAGGGAGAGACUCUGUCCACAGACAGUGCCACAUGGUGCUCGAAAAAUGUCCAAAGAAAACAGAGACACUGGGAAAAGAUAGUUGCAGCAAAGAAGAGCAAGAGAAAGCAAGAAAGAGAAAGAAGGAAAGCCAAUCGUGCAGAAAAUCCAGGCAUCUGCCCCCAGCACAGUAAACGUUUUCUGAAAGCUUUAACCAAAGAGAAACUUUUGGAAGCCAAACACUCAGGACCAAGGCUAUGCAUCGAUUUGAGCAUGACCCACCAUAUGUCAAAGAAGGAACUGAGUAGACUGGCUGGACAGAUCCGGAGGUUGUAUGGUUCUAACAGAAAAGCUGACAGGCCGUUUUGGAUCUGCCUCACUGGAUUUACAACAGACAGUCCCCUGUAUGAAGAGUGUUUGAGGAUGAAUGAUGGAUUUUCUAGUUACCUACUAGACGUAACAGAAGAAGACUGCUUUGAUGUAUUUCCUCUGGAAACCCUGGUGUACCUGACUCCUGACUCAGAACACACUCUUGAAGAUGUUGAUCCUAACCAAGUGUACAUCCUUGGAGGACUAGUGGAUGAAAGCAUUCAGAAGAAGGUGACCUUUCAGAAGGCCCAGGAAUACUCUGUCAAGACAGCCCGCUUACCAAUCCAGGAAUACAUGGUCAGACACCCAAACGGGAAGAACUAUCAUUCGGAGAUAUUGGCCAUCAAUCAAGUGUUUGAUAUCCUGUCCGCUUACUUUGAGACUCACAACUGGCCUGAAGCGUUGAAGAGAGGAGUUUCUUUGGGAAAAGGCUACGUUCUUCGGAAUUCAGUGGAAUGAUGAACAAUCUGUUUGCAGAUGCAGGCAGAAGUGCUGGAGAUGCUUUGGCCAAAGAGCAGAGGGUGGUGGCACAUAUUUUCCUUUACUUGAUGUCUUCUUGGAUCGUCUUACAUAAGCUAAAGUAAUGACAGGGACCAUAUUUUAUGUUCUUUUGUGUCGAUUAUAGUGCCUGGAUCAUAGGAGUGCCCAGAUACGUAUUAAAUACAAGAAGCCUUUUAUAGCAAGAAGUUAGCCUCCAAACCACAUGACUUUGGAUCUGUUAAUUCACUUAUGUGUGUUUUGUAUUUCUGAAAGAUCUUUAGAGUUAGGUUGUUAUUGUUAUAUAAAGAGUUUCAUUUUUCACUAAGCUAGCAUUAAAAUUAUGACUUCCUCUA